AGAAGCAGAAGCAUCACUUUGCCUGUCUGCACACAUUAGAUUCCUACACACACUCUUGCACACGCACACACACACACACACACACAAUUCGUCCGUGCGUCAGCUGCUCAGAGUGUGUGUUGACAGCUGCAGUGGUAGCGUGUGCAUGUGUGUGUCUGUGCAGGCAUCGCUCUUCUGCAUCCACUGAAGUAGUAACUCUCUGACUGCUCGUCGCUGCCGCUGACAGAAGUCAAGAGUCGAGAAGGGAGGGGACGAGAAGUAAAGACAGACAGACAGAGGCAGAGAGAGAGACAGGGAGAGAGAGAGAGAGAGGUCCAGAGAGGUUGAGAGGUGAGAGGAUAGACAGUCUCUAUGAGUAAGGUGUCCCGUCUCCACAUGCUGUGCUCUAUGGCGAACUCCGGCUGUGUGCUACUGUCCGGGUCCGGGAUGUUACCCCACUCUCUGCAAUGCCCCCCCGCCUUCCUCUAUCUGCCCCAGGGUAACCAAGAGGCCACAGCUCCCCCUGAAGCCAUGGCCCAAGCCUUCCCACCGGCCCAGUACCCCCCUCCACCACAGAAUGGGAUCCCAGCUGAGUACGCCACGCCCCACACCCACCCACCGGCAGACUACACGGGACCAAGCACGGUGGCCGAGCACGCCCUGACACUGUACACGGCGACGCACACACAGAACGAACAGCCGGGAAACGACAGCAACACCCCCGCCCUCACAACCAACACAGUAACGCAGGCAGAGGAGGUUUCACAGUCAGAGGGCUCCCAGCAGCUCCACCUGCAGUCCAGUGAUUCAUCGGAGAAGCAGCAGCCCAAGAGGUUACACGUCUCCAACAUUCCUUUCCGUUUCCGAGACCCUGACCUCCGGCAAAUGUUCGGGCAAUUUGGCAAGAUUUUAGACGUGGAGAUUAUUUUUAACGAGCGAGGCUCCAAGGGCUUUGGGUUUGUAACAUUUGAAACAAGUGCAGAUGCUGACCGUGCACGGGAGAAACUAAAUGGUACAAUCGUAGAGGGACGCAAAAUAGAGGUCAACAAUGCCACAGCCAGAGUAAUGACCAACAAAAAGCUGGCAAACCCUUAUACAAACGGCUGGAAGCUGAAUCCAGUGGUUGGAGCGGUAUAUGGCCCUGACUUUUAUGCAGUGACAGGGUUUCCAUACCCCAGUACAGGAGCAACUGUGGCCUAUAGAGGGGCCCAUUUGAGAGGGAGGGGUCGCACCGUCUACAACACAUUCCGUGCUGCACCUCCUCCUCCACCCAUCCCUGCCUAUGGAGCUGUGGUCUACCAGGAUGGCUUUUAUGGAGCAGAAAUAUAUGGAGGGUAUGCAGCUUACAGAUAUGCCCAGCCAACUGGUACUGCUGCAGCUGCAUACAGUGACAGUUAUGGCAGAGUCUAUGCAACAGCAGACCCAUAUCACCAUACGAUUGGUCCUGCAGCCACAUACAGUGUGGGCACUAUGUAAAUAAAAGAAAGACUAGAGGGAUGAGUACAGAUGGACAUCAGCUAAAAAAAGAGAAGAACAACACGGACCCAGAAGGACGCUAAAAAAAGAUCAACUAAAACAAAAAGAGGCGAUUUGUAAAGGAGCCCUUCUAUCAAGAAUGAAAGGGAUGUGACAGGAUGUCCGGGGGAUGUUUGUGGGCCUGCUCUGAGAACAGGGCCGGAACCACUGAGCCCGUAGUCCUGGGGGAGGGCAGCCUGCUGGCUCUGACCCCUCCCUCAAAAACAAGCCUUGCUGAGUGGAAGAGACCAAUUAGACAAGUCUCCAUAAAACAUUUUAUUUUUGUAAACUUUUUUAAGUUUAUGAUUUCCAAAAGAGCAAACAUAAUGUACGUAUAUACAUAUUAUAUAUUAUAUGUGUGUAAUAUAGUAAGUAUGUGAAAAAAAAAAAAAAAAGAAUAAUAAGAAGAACUUGGGGGGGGGGGGGGAAUGUUAUGUGUCUUUGCAAUUUAGAAGUUAGAAGAGGGAGGUGAGGUGAUGCCAGCUUCCCCCGUCUUCUGCUUAUCUCCCAUAACCCUCCCCCCCUCCCACCACCUCCCUCUGUUAGACGGGGCAGAGGUGCGUGUGUGUUUGUGUAUGUGUGCGUGCGUGCGUGCGUGCGUGCGUGCGUGCGUGCGUGCGUGCGUGCGUGCGUGCGUGCGUGCGUGCGUUGAGGGGUGGGAGGGCAGCUGGUCCAGCAGACAUGUCACUAUGUGGUUGCUGUGGGAAUAUGGAGCAGUCUUCAGAUAAUAAACUGCUUUUGGAGCCGGUCUUCCACUAACGGACUGCAGUAGUGUAGUUAUAACUUUGGCUAGUUUUGUCAAGCAGUCUGGACUUUGUAGAUUCCAAAAAAUACGAAUGAUGAAUAAGUAUCCCUACGUUGGUCUGAUGAGAAAGUACGGGACUGAUGGGAUUAUCUGAUGAGUGCACAAGCUCAGCUGAAAUCCACAGUGCUGGCUGAAAGGCCAGCGGUCGGUCGGUCAUGUCUGCUGGAGGCCCGGCUGCCCCUGACAUCACUACCAAACAUGUCAUUGUGGUGUUGUGGUUUGAGGUGGCUGUGCUGUGUAGUAAACUGCUUU